ACUACGAGCUGUCAACAUUACGGGGAUGUUCGUGUGUCCAUUAGAGGGAUGCCCAGAAAGAUAGGAUUCAUUGUGGUCAGCUCUUCAAGUCAUGAGGACAACUUCAGUGCAAAGGAGCUCAUGGUCCAUGCACCGACAGUCAAUGGGUGGAGAUCCAGCAGGCUUUGCCCCUAUCCUCAGCACAUCACCCUCCAGCUGGUGGAGAGAUGUAGGGUAAGGAAACUGCAGCUGCUGGCCCACCAGUACCUUAUCCCAGCCAAGGUGGAGUUCCACAUUGGAGACAGCCUCCCUGAAACCAGCACCCCAGGGUUCCCGGGGCAGCUUCGCAGGCUCGGGUAUGUGUCUUUAUCGGAUAAUGAGAAGACAGCUUUCAAAGCUCGAGAGCUGAAAUCAGUCCAUGUAGACGCCAUCGGAACGUACCUGAGAAUAACCUUCCAUGGGAACCAUGUCAACCGGCACAAUCACUACAAUCAGGUUGCUUUGGUUGCCAUUAAUGUUCUGGGAGAUUCUUUGGAUGGCAAUGCUUUUAACACAAUUCCAAGCAGAGAGCAGCUGAUCGAACACUACCUCAACAGUACUCAGCUGGAGACGGCCUUGGACACGACCUUCAUGGGCAAAUGUGAGUCCAUAUCCACUCUGGAUGACCUGGCCUUCGACAUGUACCAGGAUCCAGAAGUGGCUCACAUCAUUCGUCUCCUGGACCAAAAAAAACAGGACAUGGUUCGCCAGGAGAAAUACGAGCAGGCUAAGAACCUGAAGCAGGCCAUCGCUGACCUGCAAAAGGUGGGGGAGCGUUUGGCUCGAUAUGAUGUGGAGAAGAGAUGUGCCAUCGAAAAGGAAGACUAUGACCUUGCCAAGAAGAAGAAAGAACAGAUGGAGGAGUAUCGGAAGAGCGUCUACCAACAGCUGGAGGUUUACAACCUGCUGGACAUGGAAAUGAUCACGAGGGCGGCAGAUUCAACCCCGGCCCAGGAUCCACCUUCCCUCCUGCCCUCUCCAGGUCACCAUUCAGUCCCCACCAAGCCCCAUGUGACCGCAGACACACUGAGGAAGGGGAAGAAAUCUAACACUCCUCAGAACCAACUGUCAGACACAGAAAUGGUUGUGGUCAAACUUAGCCAAGCCGACACACCCUGUACCCAGUCUGCUGUACCCAAGAUAGAUGUUAUCAGUGUGCCUUACGAUGAAAGGCCACUCCCUGCCUUUCAGAAGAAAGACUCUCCGGUGGAGACUAUUCAGGGUCCUGCAAUAGAGCAAUCCCCCCAACCUGAGGCCCAAAAGAGUCCACCUAGCCCUGAGAAGAGCGGGGAGCCAGAGCCCCUGACGGACAAGGCCCAGAGAGAAGCUGGCCUUCCCAUAGAGGUUUUUGGAGAAAGACUGGUAGCUGGGGCAUAUUCCAAAACCUGGUCCUACAGAGAGGAUGCACUUCUUGCUGUGCAUAAGAGGCUUUUGGAGGUUUCAUCCACCACCCCCAAAGAGGAGCUGAGAAACAUUAUUAGAUCUGCAGUCUUCCUGGUCAAGAGAGCCCUCCUGGAUAAAGUGUCAUAUGUUUUCCAGGCCUCCUUGAAGCUGCUGCGGCUCCUGCUGAGCCAGCUAAUCCCAGGUCUGGGACUGGGCAGGGCUGAGGUGACACACUGCUUGGAGCAGACUUGGCCCAACCUGCUGGCAAGGACCGGAGACUCGGUCAGCCGCCUCCGGGUUAUGGCCACUGCCUUCAUACAGGAAAUUGCAGUUUUGAAGGAUGUACGCGCCCUACAGGUAAUCCCUUUGGAACUGGUGAAGCCCUUCAAAUCCAACUUCCCCUCUCGUCUGGCUCAGAGUCGGGCCGAGCUGCUAGAGAAACUGCUCACUGAACUUUGGAACUCUGGAUUCACUCUGAGCAAUGUCAUGACGUUCUGUACGGCAGCGCUGGAGCAUAGUGCGUCUCCAGUUCGAGAGCUGGCAGUGCGCAUCAUCUUAUCCAUGUACCAGCAGCACAGAAGUAGUAUCCUCAGCCACCUUCCACCAAACAAUGCUGCCACACGAAAGAACUUUCUCUACAAAACCCUCUUUGAUGGUUUUGCCAAGAUCGAUGGAAAGCUGGUGGACACUCAGACUUUGAAGAAGGGCGGUGGUCAACAGGAUGGGCAAAAGGAGAAGGAGGAGAUCCACGCACUUCAGGAGCAGCUGGCUGCCCUGAAAGAGAUCACAGAAAGAGGAAAUGACAGCACCAAAGGACAAAUGGCCAAGAAAGAAGCUCCCAAAGUUGAGUCCCAAAAGCUCCCAAAAACUGCUGUCACAAAAUUGCACCAGGACAAGCUAGCACCCUCUGCAGAUGUCCAACAAUCUAUCACUGAUCUGGACAACUUGUGCAUAUUCUGCGGUAAAAAGGAUGAGUCAUUCACAGAGGAUGGAUUGGACCUUCACUACUGGAAAAACUGUCCUAUGCUGCGACGCUGUGAUGAAUGUAGACAGGUAGUCGAGAUAGCCAGCUUCACAGAGCACCUACUGGGUGAAUGUGAAAGCCGUUCCAAGUUCAGCCAGUGCCCACGCUGCUCAGAGGCUGUGUCCACUGAAGAGCUGACUCGACAUGUCCAGGGUCCCGCCUGUAACCCCCCCAUCUCGGGUAAAGGCUCCAACCACUGUCCUUUGUGUCACAACAACUUCUUGCCUGGAGAGGAGGCCUGGAAGGCUCACCUCAUGGGCAGGGAGGGCUGUAAACAAAACUCACGCAGGAUUGCGGUGUCCCAGAGAACCCAGCCAGCACAAGGCAGAGCUGUCGGUGGAGCCAAGCUGAAGCACGCCUGGUCGGUCGGGGCCAGAGCCAGGCCUAUGGGAAGAGGCAGCCGGAUCCCAGCCCUGGCACCCCUGGCCAGAGGAAAUACACCAGGGAAACGUUGAAAGCUGGUUUGAAGCACGCUGGGAACCCCACCCACACCCAGAGUAA